AUGGUGAUUCAAAAGAAUAAUAAUGAAGCAAAUAAAAACGUUGGUGUCUUAGAUAAUACCAAUGGUACAUGGAAUUUUCAGACACCUGCUAAAAUAAUUAAUAUUCGUACAGGUACAACAGUAAAUAUGCAGGCGAAACAGCCUAUUACUCGUCAGAUAGCAAUAAGCACUUUAGCGGCUAUGCAUCGAAGGUUUAGUCUUCCUGGUCCUGUACAGCCACAUUCAAGGCCAAUUGCCGAAUUUCGAGCAAGUGCUAAUAAAUCUCUGGAUAUGUUACGACAAACUAUUCAAUCAGCUGUAACUAGGGAAAUUGAUCAAGUUAUAAAAAAAUAUUUGGAAAAAUUCUUUGUUCCUGCUGUUAACAAUAUAAGAUUAAACUUGGGCGAUGAAUCUGUGAGUGAAGAUCAGGUUCGUGCAGUCUGCCGUGCUAUGUUGGAUGCUACUAGAUUACUAUAUUCAACACCUUCACGUGUUGCACCAGCAGGUUAUGAGCCCACUGACAUUGAUACUAGUAUUGAUAAUAAAUUGACAAAGGAAUCGUUACAGAAUCCAUCUUUAAAUAAGAGGAAGGAAACAGAAAUUGAUACAGAUUUUAUCAAAGUUAAGAAGAUUAAACAAGAAGAUGGUGAUAGUCGGUCCUCUUCGCCCGCACCGGCUUUACGUGACCCAGAAAAAUGGAAUCCUGCCAGACUCACCCAAGAUACUUUGUUCAUUAUGGGAUCUCAUGCUCAUAAGGUUUUAGGACUUGGUAAUUCUCGCGGUCGGUUAUAUACGAGGCACGCUGGACUACUUCGAUAUCCAGCAGAUAGCACUGAUAAGGAGUGGAUUGCCAAUCAUAAUCUCGUUAAUGCAGUUGGAGGCAAAACAUACAUAAUGGUAUUGGAAGACAUUGAAGAACUAGCAACAAGUGAUGCGUACAAACACAGCUCUUUACCGUUGCUAGGCGAACUAACUGGGUUUAAAGUCCCUCCGUUUAUGUUAAGAAAAAUAAAAGCCUAUGUAUUAAAAAGAUCACAAAGCGGUGAUCUCACGAACGCAGACAGCCCUCAACCGUCCACCAGCAGUUCACAGGAAGAAAAAUUCAAAAUCGACGAUAUUAAACUGGAAGUGCACGAUGACUUUGAUUCAGCUAAUUUUAAUGCAAGCCAAUAUAUGACAAACACAGAUAACUCCAGGGCAUUCUCCGAAGUAUCAAUGGAUAAAGAAGACUUUGCUGAUAUUAAAGUUGAAGAUAUGGAUGAUAUGAAAGUUGAUGGUAUUAAAAUGGAGGAUUUGGAUGAAAUUAAAGUGGACGAUAUAAAGAUGGAGGAUCUAGAUGAAAUAAAAGUGGAUGGUUUAAAAGAUGGCGAUUUAGAUGUUACUAUAAAGGUUGAACAUAUGGAUGAUAUUAAUGUUGAUGGAAUCAAAGUGGAGGAUAUUAAGUUAGAAAAUGAUGACGCUUUUGAUCUUUGCAAACAAACAGAUGAUGAUCAAAGUCAUUUAGUGGACGGUUUACUGGAAUCUGACAUAGAGUUUUUGAGUCGCAACUUGGGUAAUAUAGAGAGUGAUGCAGAUGCAAGAAAGACAAUUGAAAAGUUGACCGGAGCCAAUCCCGAUACGAUUACGUUAGUUAGUGAUGAAUUUGAUUUGGGUACCACACUGAAUACAAGCAAUUUCACAGGUAACCAAAGCACCAAGUGCAUCACAGUGGCGUCGACCACCAGCGGCAUGGUGCACAGCGUGCCGGUCGCGCACCUCGCGCCGCCGCGCCGCGCGGGCAGCACCGUGCACUACUACACCAGCAGCGUCAACAGCGUGAAGCCCCCCGACCCCGCGCCCCUCACACCCCUCACGCCCCUCACCUCUACCGCCACCCGGACUAUACACCACCUGCCGCAGGCCACUGUGACCAUACAGAGUAUACCCGGCUCUAACUCUCAUAUGAUUCGUAGUAUACCCAUUAACACGAAAUCCGGUACAAUCAGCACAGUGAUGUCUCAAGGCGCGGCCAGUAUUAUUGGAUUUAAUACACGAACGUCUACCGCCAUCAUCGGAACACCCCAGUAUGUGAAUGUCACAUCGAAAUCGUUUCCCACAGGAAAUAUCCUGCAUAACGCAAUCGUUUCAAAGAAUAUUAUAAACCGCAACCCAUCAGGAGUUUCAUUCAACUUAGCGGUAAGGCCUUCACACACUACACCUAAAAGCGUAGAUUACGAUACUAUUUCAACUACCAAAGAUAUGAUAGACAAUGCCUGUAAUUCAUCUGUUAUGCUGAAAAAAGUUCUGACUUUAGGCAGUACGGGGACUAAGUCAUUUAUGAUGCACAAUACUCAGAAGGUAUUAUCGACUGGUUUCGCAAAUGGGGCUACUCCACCCCCAAAUGUUACCAUAGUGAGUUCGGGUACAGGUGGCAUUGUUAAUAAUAGCCCAAAUAUUAUACCUGCGUCAGGAAAUUUGAGUGCCACUCAUGCUACUUUGUCCGCUCUUUUAUCUUCUAACGUGGACAAUGCUAAAGCUAAAAAUAAU